CUCGGUGGAGUGUGAUUGUUCGUUACUCCUACCUUCGGCUAGACCGCCCACACUCGGUAUAUAUUUCCCGCAUGUGCUUCGAUUUCUGUGCGACCCCCCUUGCUCAUACUCCCGUCAGCUGUGGGUAUGGAAGGCCUAGAAGGCUUGAAGGGCUGUGCGGUAUAGUCGUGGUAACAGAAAAACUGUUUGCGGCAGACCCACCGGUAACUUCGCAAUGGAGGUAAUAUCCAUCGCAAAGUUGACAUAAACGCUUAAUGAGGUCGAGGCUCUGGAGGGAAGGGCAGUCGCCUCAGAAGCUAAGUAGAGUACAAGAUCGUUCAAGUGAACGGGAUUUGUCGGGUAACUGGCCACAACCCUCACCAUGCGUCGCCUAGGUCGCAACGUCCGUGAUCCUGCUACUGGGCUGCAAUGCGUGCUAAAACGCAUUCCCUAUCCUGCGGUGCGGCCACGAACGCUUGUAUCCGUCCAGAGCAUCAUGGCUUGCGUGGACCUGGCUUUGGCGAGGCGAAGCGCCGCUCAUGAUGCAGCGAUGAAAGCUGCCACCAUCUGCAUGGGAUAGACGGAGUGAGUGAGCACGGACUCUCAAGUACCUGUGUCCAUCGUAUUAGCAGUACAGAGAUUCCUAUACUCGCAGCCGUUGGCUGGUAUUCUUCGGAUGCGUUCCUGCAACCUCGCAUUUCCGGCCGAGACAUCUCAGUUUAGACAGUCGCUAAUGACGUACAGUACUUUCAUGUCCGGCCGCAUCGAUACGGAUACUGAGGGACCAGGCAAGUAACCGGUAGCCAGGCUAAAAAGCGAGCAGGUCGGAACUGGAAGUGGUAGGACACGUCGGAAAGAGUUCGUCGUUCCGGCAUGCUCGAGGUCUCACGAAGCGGCCAUCUUUGUUCUAGUAGCACCAAACGCAAGGUUGGAGCUUAUGCCCACCACGGAACGCAGCGCCA